AAAUUAAAUUUACUAAGUGUACUUAGUUGAACGCCUUCUAGCGUGACGGUCUACACCAAAAUGUUCGAAUCCGUAACCGUAACUAUUUCUGUCGUUAAAAUCGAGUAACGGAUGUUAUAAGUACUAAUUGAGUAUUACAUUUAAAGACAACAUAUACACUUUUGGUCAAUUUAUUUCGCAUAGCUUCUAAUUUUGACGAUUAACAGCAGAUAGAAUACCAUGUUGAAGAGGAGGGUCCAGCAGAGUGAUUUAGAGUGUGUGUUUAUUGCCGGAAUAUGAACUAUGUGACUGCGAUUCAGAUAUAGUUAUUAAGGGGUUUGAUAUUUCUAUCUUGGGAAGAAGACUUUAUGCUUACAACGUAGUUUCAAAGAUCUGUGUUUUUUUAGUACUUGAAAUAUACAUCCGAACCGGCAUAAUUAUGAAUACACUACUUGCCAGCGAUAAUCUUCGCCUUUCGUUAUCGAAGGUCCUCAUGACAUUCAUCAUGUUUUGCACCCAUGUAUUCGCUUACGGAUCUGACGACAUGUACUACCGCCACAAUAACAUAAAUUGUAUACAGUGCCAGCCGGGAACUCACUGGGUCGCAGACUGCGCGACUGACGGGGGAUCAGCCGUGUGCAAACCUUGCCCGGAAGGCUUUUACAUAUCCAAAUACAACCUGGCGUGGUUUUGCCAGAAAUGCAGUGCAUCAUGUAGAAACACCAACCAUGGUGAACAAGAGGAGCAGCGGGAAUAUGUUGCUCGGAAUUGCACGAGUACCUCCGAUCUGAAGUGUCAAUGCAGGGACGGAUUCUGGAGAGAGCAAGAAAUGAAUGGGGCCUGCCGCACCGUCACUUCCUGUGGUUUGGGAUCAGGAGUGAAAACAAUCGCCAGUGAAAACAGUGACACAGUUUGUGAAGUUUGUAUUCAUGGUGAAACGUUUUCAAACUCCACAUCGACAAAGGAGAAGUGUCUUCCAUGCUCUAUAUGUAGCAAUCAUCAAAUCCUCAAGCAACCCUGCACCAGAACUGACGACACUGUCUGUAUUGCCAGGAGCACAGAUCGGGAAAAGUUAUCUAUUGGCCUUGGGGUAGGGAUUGCUCUUUUCCUUAUACUGUGCGCAGCAUGUGGAUGUGGCCUGCGUGCUAUCUGGCGCUCUCGGAGUAAAAAUGCAAACACAGAACUGCGACAUGUCAAUGGUGAACACCACGAACUUACCAGAAGGAAUACAAACCGGCAUGACGAAACCAAUGGACAUGCAAGGCACGAGAUGCUCAAUGAAACGGUGGGCCAAUCAAACGAGGAAUCUGUUUACGAACCUGUAUACGAACAAGAUCAACAAGAGGUUGAGGAUGGUGCCAAAGGAAGUCAAAUCAAUGAACAUGCUCAGUGCAUUGCUGCGGAAACAAAUGAACUAGGCCAAUAUGAUGCCGAUGAUGCUUUAAAAUCGGAACUGUUUAUGCAAGAAGUCUAUUGCGCACUUUCUGCAGAAAUGGAUUCCAAUUACAAGACAUUCUUCCGUAGAAAUGGAAUAAGUGAAAGAAUGAUCAGCAUUAUCGAUUUAGAAGAGAGCCGAGUGCGUGACCGAUGCUACAAGCUUUUCAUUGAUUGGGCAAAGAAACAGGAACAUAUAGUUUCGCUGCCAACUUAUGAAGUCCCGUUAGAACUUAUAAGAAGAUUGGCAGACAUGUUUCAACAAGACGAGGAUUUAAAUAGUUCGAAAACUUGCAUUGCUAUAUUGGGCCGAUUUGAAAUAAAAUGGUGUUAACUAUUCAAGUCAAGUAAAGCUAACACAUUUGUUUAAACUGUUCAUUUUGAAACGAAAAUAAUAAAGUUUAUCGGAAGUGGAAACAAACGCAGUUUAUGUAUACGAUUUCUUUUAUAAUAAGACAAUUUGGAGAUUAAGAACUUAUCAUCUCAUCUCCGACUGUGGUCCCGUCAGGAACAUAGGCUGCCAAACAGUUUCCUCCAGGCGUAUCGGUUCUGCGAGAGUCUCUACAUCUGUCUCGACAUUUGCCCAUCUGCUUUACAUCUGCAUCAAGGUGUUUCCAGGCCGCCCUCUCUUCCUUUUUCGUUUGGGGCUCCAUGUUGGAGAUUGCCUUUUCGUGUUGGAUGCAGGCCUUUGAAUGGCGUGGACUAUCCAUCGCCAACGUCUCCAGAGGAGGUCUUCUUCAGCGAGCUUUUGUUUUGUUCUUCUCCAUAAUUCUGCGUUUGAGAUCCUGUCUGACCAUCAGAUUAUGGGAUGUUAUUGAGGUUACUUUGAUUUACACCUGAAUUGUAAUACAGGCUUCGUUAUGGUAUUGACAGAGAAUUGCACAGCAAAUAAAAAAGUGUUGUUCUUGCUUCAAUGACCAUCUUUUUCCACAGAUGUAUUGACAUUAACAAUAUAUGAUUUGGAUGUGUUUUCUGAGUUAUAAAAAACAGCAAGUAUAAUCAUGUUUUGUUCUAUUUGUCGAUGAUUACCACAUGGGAGACAUAAACAUACAAAACACUAAACUUUAACAUAUUCAUUGGUAAAGAGUUGUCUUCUUCUUAACUUAUAACAGGCUCACUUAAGAAAAAUAUAUGAUCACUGACAACAAUAGAAGAUUGGGAUCAAAUAUGAUUUUUUAAUUGUAUUCUGCGAUAUAACAUUAAUUGUAAAAAAAUAUGUUUUAAGUAUUAUAUGCAAUCUAACUUUUAUUGUAUAUGAUUUAUAUUUUGGCUAAAAUGCAAGAUCUAAUUUUUUUGCUCGUUUAGCGUUUGCAUUGGUACAACGGUCAUUCUUAGAUAUUUUUAAAAAUCGUUAUGGAAGUUAAACGUCCAAAUAGUGAAGUGUUUCAAGCAAAAAGACUGAAAAAAAACACUCUCACGUUAAUAUCGGGUACAUCCGAAUAUCGGAAAAUACACAUUUUCACUCAAACCAUUUUAUGUAAUAAUCAUGUACUUACUUUUUCACGUAACGUCAUGGUAAAGCAUUAAAAGAAUGCAAAAAAAUAGACAAGUAUUCAAAUUUUGCACACGCUACCCAAGGCCAAACGCUCCUAGUCAAAAAUAAUUUAUACAUACUGUGCAUGAAAAUGUUACACCUCUUUUCACAUGCGAGUCCCAACGAAGGAUACAUACAUGGGUAAACACGAUGUAAUUGUAGGCAGUUAACGAGCUUUUACAUACAUCACACAUUUUAAAUAGUUUCCAGUAUAUAAUAAACUUGAACUCGUACUUUUAUAUUAAUGGUGUACUUCAAUAAACUACUCUGUUAUCAAGAGCUGAUUUUGAAAAUGAAAACAAUUAGUAUAUUUUACCCUGAAGGUCGUUUUAAUUUAUCUUAAUACAGAUUACUAAAAAGAUUCGAAACGGAUCUUUUUCUUGCAGUUUCUUUACCUAUAUUCCUGUUUUUAUUGAUUUUGUUUUUAAAUAUUUGUUGUGUUGGUUGUUGUUGUAUUUUUUCUUCACAAUAAUCGAAUAUCACUGAUAUGCAAAUGUUUUUAAUGCAGAUUACUCGAUGGGUUCGAAAACGGAUGUUCCUUUCAACUGUAUUUUCACUGACUUUUAUAAGCCAUAGAGAUUCUUUCUUAUAUAUGAUUUUGUCGUUGUUUUGCAAAUCUUAACUUUGAAAACAGAUUCUGGUCACAACAAAAUUGUGUUGUAGUUUCGCCGGAAUAUUGGUAAAUAAAUAUUGCCGAUCGUUACCUGUAAUUUCUUAAAAGUAAUCUUCAAAGUCUUCAACUAUUAAUUGAUUUUCUUCUAUGAAAGUUCGUAUAAUCUCAGUUGCUGAUUUAACAAAUAAGAUCACAUCCACCCUCACAAUAAAUACAAUAUUUUUAAUAUUGAUUAAGUCCUAAUGAUUUUUGACGAUGCAUUUCAUUGUGUAAUUAUAUAAAUUAUAUUUGCAAACAUGUUGUCACAAUACAUUUAUGUGCAUAGUAUUAUAUGACCUGUCGAGCAUAUGUAUUGUUUGCAUCUAUUGUAUUAUUAGUAAGCGAUUUAUUUCAAUGCGAUUUGUGUUAGUUGUUAGUAGUUGUGAAUUUAUAUAAUUUAUAAUUGCUCAUAUGUUGUAACAAUACAUUUAUGUUUAUUUGGUAACUUCGGCAUCCGUUCACACUCGAUCAUCGUUGUAUUUUCAGUAUAGGUACUAAUGUAUACGAACGGAAAGAAGCAAAAUUUGCUACAUUUCUUGCUCAAGAAAACGCCAAUGGUCUGGGCCAGAUUUGAAUAAAUUAUCCACUUUAUCAAAUUUCGAUAUUCAAAUAAUGUGUUAUGCAUAAACACUUUUUAUAAUGUGUUGUAAGCAAAUAUCCGAUGUGUAGAGUGUAUUUAAGGUUGCUUUGAAGGUCUAUGUAAAGUGUCUUAUAGUUCAGUAGGAAACCAGUUUUAUGGAGACAAACGUCCUUUCAUUACACUUACAAAUCAGGCUGGGGAAACUCACCUAGCCAUGUAAACAUGGUGGUGUUUAUGAAACAAAUACAUGUAGUAUCUCAACGAGUAACAUAUGUGCAACCGAUUUUACACUUUCGGAACAACGAAUAACAAGAUUGUACAUCAAAGCUGGUAUUCCCUUAAAUAGGCUAUGUGCAUUAAUACCACUACAAGUUUACUUGUGGAAAACGCGCAAAAAAACGUACCUGUGCAUGGAUUUAAUCCAGUUAAAAAAUGUUGUUAUCUUGAAGAAUUGAAGACAUGGGUGACGAGACUUCUACUGAUUGGGAACAAUUUGCAUAAGGCGUUGUGUAUAAUGAACCGGAACCUGAACUGUAUGAUGAAUCGGAUUUUGACAUUGAGAGCGAAUUCACAUCCCAUUUUCUUAAUGGUGGCUCUAAACGAACACCCACUUCUCGCGACGAAGGCUCUAAACGAACACCCACUUCUCGUGAUGAAGGCUAUAAACCAACAGCCACUUCUCGUGAUGAAGGCCCUAAACCAACAGCCACUUCUCGUGAUGGAGGCUCAAAACCAACAACCACUUCUCGUGAUGAAGGCUCUAAAUCAACACCCACUUCUCGUGAUGAAGGCUCUAAACCAACAGCCACUUCUCGUGAUGAAGGCUCUAACCAAACACCCACUUCUCGUGAUGAAGGUUCUAAACCAACAACCACUUCUCGCAAUGAAGGCUCUAAACCAACAACAACUUCUCGUGAUGCAGACUCUAAUCCAACAACCACUUCUCGUGAUAAAGACUCUAAACCAACAACCACUUCUCGUGAUGAAGGCUCUAAACCAACACCUACUUCUCGUAAUGAAGGCUCUAAAUCAACAGACACUUCUCGUGACGAAGGCCCUUAACCAACACCCACUUCUCGUGAUGAAGGCUUUUAACCAAUAACCACUUCUCGUGAUGAAGGUUCUAAACCAACAACCACUUCUCGUGAUGAAGACUCUUAAACAAACAACCAUUUCUCGUGAUGAAGCCUCUAAACCACCGACCACUUCUCGUGAUCAAGGCUUAAACCAUCAACCACUUCUCAUGAUGAAGGCCCUAAACCAACACCCACGUCUCGUGAUGAAGGCUCUAUACCAACAACCACUUCUCGUGAUGGAGGCUCUAAAAUAACAACCACUUCUCGUGAUGAAGGCUCUUAUCCAACAACCACUUCUUGUGAUGAAUGCUCUAAAUCAACAACCACUUCUCUUGAUGAAGGCUCGAAACCAACAACCACUUCUCGUAAUGAAGGCUCUAAACGAACAACCAAUUUUUGUGAUGAAGGCUCUAAACCAACACCCACUUCUCGUGAUGAAGGCUUUAAGCGUUCACUCACUUCUUGCGAUGAAGGUUCUAUACCAACAACCACUUCUCGUGAUGAAGGCUUUUAACCAAUAACCACUUCUCGUGAUGAAGGUUCUAAACCAACAACCACUUCUCGUGAUGAAGACUCUUAAACAAACAACCAUUUCUCGUGAUGAAGCCUCUAAACCACCGACCACUUCUCGUGAUCAAGGCUUAAACCAUCAACCACUUCUCAUGAUGAAGGCCCUAAACCAACACCCACGUCUCGUGAUGAAGGCUCUAUACCAACAACCACUUCUCGUGAUGGAGGCUCUAAAAUAACAACCACUUCUCGUGAUGAAGGCUCUUAUCCAACAACCACUUCUUGUGAUGAAUGCUCUAAAUCAACAACCACUUCUCUUGAUGAAGGCUCGAAACCAACAACCACUUCUCGUAAUGAAGGCUCUAAACGAACAACCAAUUUUUGUGAUGAAGGCUCUAAACCAACACCCACUUCUCGUGAUGAAGGCUUUAAGCGUUCACUCACUUCUUGCGAUGAAGGUUCUAAACCAACAACCACUUCUCGUGAUGAAGGUUCUAAACCAACACCCAAUUCUCGUGAUGAAGGCUCUAAAUCAACAACCACUUCUCGUGAUGAAGGCUCUAAACCAACAGCCACUUCUCGUUAUGAAGGCUCUAAACCAACAACCACUUCCCGCGAUGAAGGCUCGAACCAGCAACUACUUCUCGUGAUGAAGGCUCGAAACCAACAGCCUCUUCUCGUGAUGAAGGCUCGUUUGAAUAAAAUGAUUUUUAGAGUCGGUCAGUCCGUCUGUUCUGUGUUUCUGUAUAUUGUCGCUCGAAAUAUUCAGUUACUUAAGUGAUUAACUUUGCAAACAUAUUAACCCAAAGAUGAACGUGCGUUCAUAACAAUUUUUGUUGUGUGUUUUUCCCAAAAUUACCGAAAUAAAGCGGUUUUUAUCAAUUA